CACUAAUAAAACUAGCUCUGCAAAAGAUCGGCUUUCACCGCUCUGCUUUUCAACCUAGUCAAAAAGCCCAACAAAAACAUCGCCACCGCUUCGCCGCUGCUCUCCUUGUUCAAUAGCUUUUGAUCGAGCUCGGCGAUUGUCAGUUCUUCCGCCGACGGAAUCCCGAUAUCCCCAGCGGAAACCCGCCGUUCACGGUGUAAUUGGUUUUUGGGGAACCGUUUGGGGUUUUCAGUUUGAUAUUUUUUUUUAUCGAUUUCGUUCGAGUUGGGAAUACGAUGGAGUCGGGGCAGGGUACCGUUGUAUUCGGGUCGUGGAUCCGGAGACCGGAGAACGUGAAUUUGGUCGUUUUGGGGAAGUCGAGAACUAGUGGCGGCCACUAUUCUUCUUCCCCAUCUUUGCUCGAGAUCUUCUCCUUCGAUCACAACACCGCCUCUAUUUCUUCCUCUCCCUUGGCUACGUACGAGCUGGAAGAAGCAGAUGGCGAUUUAGUUUCGAUUGCGGUGCACCCCGCAGGAGAUGAUUUCGUGUGUUCCACUACCAAUGGUGGCUGCAAAUCAUUUGAGUUACAUGGCGAAGAAACAAACUUCAGGCUACUGGCCAAGGACUUGCCGGCUCUUCAAAGUGUUGGUCCUCAAAAAUGCCUGGCCUUUAGCGUGGAUGGUUCUAAAUUUGCCUCCGGUGGUGUGGAUGGACAUCUCAGGAUUUUGACUUGGCCAAGUUUUGGCAGCAUUCUUGAUGAACCAAGAGCACACAAAUCUUUCCAUGAUAUGGAUUUCAGCCUAGAUUCGGAAUACUUAGCUUCAACAUCUAUUGAUGGUUCUGGAAGAAUAUGGAAGACAGAGGAUGGUUCGGCUGUGGCUUCUUUGGCUCGAAGUGCUGAUGAAAAGAUCGAGUUAUGCCGAUUCUCCAAGGAUGGGACAAAACCCUUUCUUUUUUGUGCUGUUCAAAAAGGUGAUAAGGCUGUCACUUCAGUUUAUGAUAUAAGCACGUGGAAGAAAAUCGGCUUCAAGAGACUUCUUAAAAAGCCUGCUUCUAUUAUGUCUGUGAGCCUGGAUGGGAAAUAUCUUGCCCUGGGAAGCAAGGAUGGUGACGUAUGUGUAGCUGAAGUAAAGACGAUGGAAGUUAGCCAUUGGAGCAGGAGGCUGCACCUUGGUACAAACAUUACAUCUCUGGAGUUCUGUCCCAGCCAGAGGGUUGUGCUUACCACCUCGAAUCAGUGGGGUGCCGUUGUGACAAAGCUAACUGUUCCAGCAGAUUGGAAAGAGUGGCAAAUCUACGUGCUGUUACUGGGACUGUUCUUAGCAUCUGCCAUUGCGUUCUACAUUUUCUUCGAGAAUUCGGAUUCCUUUUGGAACUUCCCUCUUGGGCGGGAUCAACCUGGCAGAUCGAGGAUUCAACCCAUCUUUGUGGACACACAGUCCUCCCCUGAAGACCCAUUCGGGCCUGUAGAUUUGUGAUUCACAUACCCUACAGAGUGCUUUCUAGCCUUUAGAAAACCCAGCAGCAGCAGCAGCAGCAGCAGCAGCUAAAUGGUGGAGAUAAAUAAGGGUCCUUGAUAGCUUUUGUGACACGCUUUGAGAUUCCCUCAUAUGACUAGUCGAAAGAAUUCUAACACAGCGGCGGGUAGCUUUAGCUACAUGUGGUGUUUCGUUUUGUCAUUAAUCCUUCACACGGAGCAAAAAUUUCAGGAAAAUCCAGGAAUUGUUUCGAAGCUGUAAUUAACUAAUUUAUUGUUUUUAUCCGUAAAAGAUAGUCGUGGAGAUGAUUUCAUAUGCAUGAUCGAAUGCAUUCAAGAAUAGUUAUGAGCUAGUUGGUUAUUAGUUAUUAGAAUCACAAAGCGAGGUGGAGGGUAGGAUGUAUUGCUUAUCAUAAUCCUGUCUGUAUAUGAGUACAGCUUGUGCGCGGAGGGGAAGAAAAGCUUUCUUACAAGUUACUAAGCAGACUUGCAACAAAAAUUGACCGUCGCCAAAUCCACUUGGCGGUCGUCGAUAGAGUUUUUUUUUUUUUUUUGCCUCGACUAGCAGUUUCUAUGGAAAUGUAAUUAUUAUCAAAAUUUUUUUGAAGUGGCUAUAUUUGAUUUGAG